AUGGAGAAGGAUCUGUCAAUCCUGUACGAUAGACUGAAGUUAACAGAUGAAGAGAAACAGGAGGUAGAGGUUGGCAAGGAAGAGAUCUUAUUAUCACUUGAGAAAAGUACACAAUGCAUUGCCUUUAGUGUGAUAUCAGACCGCAAGGUGAACAGAGGAGCUUUGAAGACUACUAUGUUGAAGGCAUGGCAAGUGGAACGGAAAGCGGUUAUCAAGGAUGUUGGUCGGAACAAAUUCUCGAUUGAACUAAAAAGGGUUGACGACAAAAAGAGAAUCAUCAACGGAAGGCCAUUGUCUUUUGACAAACAACUUAUCUGUGUUCAAGAUUGUGAGAAAGCCAUAUCCAUAAAAGAUAUUUCAUUUAACGAAGAAGCUUUUUGGAUUCAAUGCCAUGAUUUGCCAUUUGCAGGGAUGAACCAAAAGACUGGAAAUGAAAUUGGAUCGCUCUUGGGAAAAGUCCUAAUUGUUGAUAUGGAUAGUAGCGGAGUUAGCGUAGGUGAAUUCCUACGGAUCAAGGUGCUCAUCAAUAUUUCAAAGCCUAUUUCUCGGGGGAGAUUCCUCAACAUUGGGGGGACAAAACAUUGGAUACCAUUCAAAUAUGAAAGACUUCCAAAUUUUUGCUACCACUGCGGUUUAUUCAAACACCCUGUCGGUUGGUGUGAAAAGAAAGAGGAAGGUUUAGCCAUUGGGAAUGGAUUGGAUCAACAAUACAAUGCAUGGCUACGGGAAAGCGGGAAGAAACAAGAGGCCAUUCCCUUGCAGGCGGGUAGCCCCCAAGCUCAAGGAGAUCGCCUGGAAAGUCACCGUCGGGAGGAUUUCGGUUACACCCAACGCAGGGAUGCUCAGGAUGGAAACGUUAAUUUUAACGUGGAAAUCACGGAAUCAGAAGCUGAUUUAAUGCAUAUGUCCACAAACUUUAAUUCUGAAAUUACGGCGGUUGAAGGGCCACAAAAAGACGUGAAUAUUGCAGCGGAUUUUUUGGGAGGAGAUUUGAUUCCAAAUAAUGUUAAGGGAAAAAUUCAUAAAUAA